AUGCAGGGCACCAGGAGGUCUGCUCCAAAGGGCCGAGCUGCUCGCUGCUCCGCUGAUGAUGCAGACAUGGCUCACCAGGAGGCUGAUCGGCGAGCCAAGCUUUUCUCUCGCCCUGAUGAGGAAAGCCAUUGGCAGGCCGAGAGUCUGACAGCUCCCCGAGACUCCCAGUCAACUGAGAGACAGAUGAGGAUAUCCUCUCCUCGUUUAACACUCCAACCUGCAUUUUCAGCUGCAUCAAAGGAGGCCAUGGCAUCUAAAGGUGCCAAAGAGACCAUAGUCUCCAAGUUGGGUUUCAAAUCCAGCAGCUCUGCUUCCAAAGCUGAGGCCGAGCUGGAGAGGGUCAGGAAGGAGAAUGCUCACCUGAGGAGAAAGAUUGAUGAGCUGGCCAAGCGACACAUCAAGCCACCUGACUCGGACAAAAGCAAGCUGCUGGAGCGGAUCCUUUCCCUGGAGACACUGCGAGAGAGAAACAAUCAGCAGCUACUGGUUAAAGAGCAGGAACUGGAAACUAUGAGACAGCAGCUGUCAGCAAGAGGGGGAGAGGUGGUAAAAUCUCUGCAGUCCCAGCUGGAGCAACGAAAGAAGGAGGCUGAGCAAAGAGACUCUUUGUUCCAGAACUUAUCACAGGAGACGGAGAACCUGAAAAACAAGCUGGCCUCCGUUUCUGCUCGAUGCCAGUCCCUGGAAACACAGGUGGUGAAUGGACAAGCACCUCUUUCAGACUCGGCACGGGUGCAAGAUCAGCUGAGAGAUGCUCUUGAGAAGAACCAGCAGUGGCUGGUCUAUGACCAGCAGAGAGAGGCCUAUGUGCAGUCUGUUGUUGCACGUACAAUGGAGCUGGAGCAGCAGCUGGCCCAGGCCAAACAGCAGCAAACCAAACCAGAGGCCAGUUCAGAAGUUUCUACAAAAUGUCCAGCUGCUGAGGAGUCUGACCUGAAAAGCCACUAUCAACAGUUGCUUUCAACUAUGCAGAAAGACCUGGAGAGCCAAAAAGAUAAGACUGCCAGAGCCCAACUGGAGCUGAGUGUGCAGAGGGAACAGGCCUUGAAAGCUCAGGCUGAGCUGCAGUGUCAAAAGGAGCAGGUCACCAGAGUCCAAGAGGAACUGUUAGUGCUACAGAGGAAGUAUGAGGAAAAGUGCUGCGAGCUGUCAGCCUCUCUGAGAAGGUACCAAGAGAAAAGCAAGGAGCUGGAAGAGAUAAGGAUGCAACUACAGGCGGAGCAACUUGGCAACAGAUCUGCGGCGCAUGAGGAAAGGAAGACAAUGUCUGAGUGGACGGACCGAUUAAGAGCAGAACUGGAAAAUGUUAACACCAGACUGGAAGAAGAGAGAAAGCGAUCUGCUGAGCUUCUUUUGCAGGUAAAUUCACUCCAAAAUUCACUUCUGAGCCAGAAUGAAGAACACAGGAGGAUCGCAGCUCUGGAGCUACAGAUCCAGCUCUCUGCCAAGGAUUUUGAGGAUGAAAAAAUUGAUCGACAGAGCAUGCAGCAGCAGUUACAUAAGGUCCUGAAGGAGCUUCGCAAAGCCCGCGAUCAGAUUGCUAAACUGGAGUCUGCUAAGCAGCCAAACACCCGCUUCUCAGAACCGAGCUCAUACAAUAAGCUUGAGUUUGAGCGCCUUACUCUUGAUGACCCUUAUGGCACCACAUCACCAACUAAAGUCAUCAACCUCCUGGAUGAGAGUUUCCUGGAGUGUCCAAAGUGUCGAGCUCCUUAUCCGACCAGCCGCCACAGGGAGCUCCUGGCCCACAUUGACUACUGCUUGACCUGAGCCAGCAGCACUGAGGGGUGUUUCCCAACCUGUGCUUCGAAAUCUUCAGGACAUGUACUGUAUUGCAUUGUAAUGUAAUGUAAAUGUAUAUUUUAAACACAUCCAGGUAAAAAGGAAAGUUUCGUUUUCCACCAACUGCAGCAAAAGUGAAAAGACGUUUUUAUACACACCUUUUAAGGUUGAUAAAGACAUCGAGCUAUUCAGUUUUAUUUUCAGAUUUUAGAAAGAAGCCUGUAAUGAAAAUGAGACUUUGAAAAAAUAAUAAUAAUGAUUACAUCCAUAUUUCUAUUCAAAUUAAAUGGAUCCUGAUGAUAUCACGGCACUGAUCGACUCAUCAUAACUCCACGAGAUCCAACAUGUACCACAGAAAGACAAAUACUUUACAUUUUGCUUUAUUACCGUUUUAUGCAAGUUUUCUUUAUGAUAAAAGGGAAUCAAACGGCAUGUUUCAAAUGUAUUUGUUUCCAUCUUUGAGUUCUUUAGUAGAUGACUAGUCUAAACAUAGAUGUGUUGAGGCCUUCCUGCCUUCUGAAUUGCUCCAUUCCUUUUUAUUACCACACGGCUAAAGAAAUAGCUUUUUGUGUGUUUUCUUUCUGGUGUCUUUAUUUAGCUGUGCCUUUUUUAUGCUUGAAGUAUUUUGUGUGUAUUUGAUGCACUUAUUUAUUCUUGGGAUUUCUUGUUAAAGUGAGCUA